AUGGCAUGGCCAAUACAAAUCACUGACCUGAACCACCGCACCGGUGACAAUGCCGAAUACGGCAUAAUUCAGAAAACACCAUAUAGUGGAACCAACAGUUUAAGACAAGUUGAGAGAUCAUCGGAUGAAGCCUGGGACAAGACCCUUGUUAUUUCCAACUUGUCUUCUGAUCCUUGUCUGAUCCUUGUGUUUCUAGGUGGGAUUCAGAAUGAACAAUGA